AAAUUAAGUAAAAAUGUAUGUUUUUAGCAACAACCAAAAAUUAUGCUAGAAGCAAGAACAUCAAUGAUUGAUAUACAGGUUGAUUCUGCAAUUUUAUCUAAUCCAGAUAAACGAGCAAAAAUAAUUAAUGAUACAGAAGAUAUUCUGCAGCCAUUCUUUGUAAAAAAGAAGUUUGAAGGUGCUUUUGGUGAUUCAUACAUUGUUCUAUUUAGUAAUGAAAGUGGGAGUUUGACUAUCACUCUCAAGACUUAUCCUUUUGGGCUAAUUACUUUGACUCUUGAAGAUUGCCUGGAUGAAACAGCAUUUACAAAUCCUAUAUUAGAAGAUUUAAGGAAAAAAAUAACUUCUAAGUUGAAAGUUAAAGCAGAGAAAAUUCCAAUUGUAAAAAGAGGUUCUGCUGUUCCACUGUAUUUCACUACUGCUGAUGAACGUCUUCUAGAGUAUGAUUUUGACAAAGUGAUUUUCCAUGAAGAUUCUCCAUACCAGAAUGUUAAAAUAUUGCAUUCUCCAACCCUUGGGAAUUGUCUCAUUUUAGAUGAUCUGCAAAACCUUGCGGAAAGUGAUUUGAACUAUACGCGUGGAUUAAUGAAACAUGGCAUUAUUCCAUAUUCCGGAAAAGAAGUACUUAUUCUUGGUGGUGGCGAUGGUGGUUUGUUACACGAGCUUCUUAAAGAAAACCCAAAAUUUGUUACCAUGGUUGAUAUAGACCAAAUGGUUAUUGAUGCUUGUCGACUGCACCUCAGAGGCUGUUGUGGAGAUUCGUUGGAUAAAUUAGAAGGAUCAAAUUAUAAGAUUAUAAUUGAUGAUUGUCUGAAAAAGCUGGAUGAAUAUAAGGAUGAAGGCAGAUCGUUUGAUAUUAUUAUAAAUGACUUGACUGAUAUUCCAAUUGCAACCUCUCCACAAGGUGAAUUAUGGGAUUUUGUGAAGAAAAUUGUGAACAUGUCUCUUGCAGUUCUGAGACGUGACGGCAGCUACUUAAAUCAUGCUCUUGGGGAGAGUUGCUUUGAACCACUGAAAACAUAUGAAAAUGUACUUUUAAGUUUGCCUGUCAAAGUUCAAUUUGAAAAACAUGCUGCAUAUGUUCCAUCAUUUAUGGAAAACUGGGUGUUUUAUGAAGUGAAGAAAGUCUGACAGUAUAUCAGACUUAGAAGCUCAGUUAUGUAUAAAAUUCACAGACUGUCUUUAUCUUUCACUUUAAAUUUUAUGUCUAAACAAAGACUUUUUAGGAAAGUUUUAUAGUAUUAGCUGAGAUGCAGAUGAAGCAUUAAAAUAUGUGACUGUUACUUACCUAUACAUAGCUGUUUGUUGAUUUACAAAUAUUUAUUUUGAUUAUUUCAUCCACCGUUUUUGGAUAGUUCUUAUUUAUUUAAUACUUUUAUAUUUAA